AUGGAAGUCUACGAGCAUUCCCCCACGUCAUCGAUUCUACAGAAAGCCCUCAAGUCAUCUCUUCCAUACAGCAUCAACCUGGUUUACCGCACACAACAUCCCAAUCAAUCAGAACAUGCACACGUACUAUCAACAAUUCCCAUCUCAGCUACAGAAGUCCCGUCAUGCUGGGCAGCAGCAUACAUCGACCGGUCGACACGCCCUGGAACCGAGCUCUGGCUAUUCGCCGCAGGAGAGGACCCAAACCACGCAUCCCGGGCAGAUCAAACGCUCUGCUCGCAAUGUAAACUCGCCACCCUCGCACUCUUGGACUACAUGUCUUCGCUGCCCCACGCCCCACUCCAUCCAGACGAGCUCCCCAGUCUCGAGCUAGCGAAGCAGCACGAGAAAGAGCACCCAGAGUCCGGUCCCGGCGUCAUCUACCAGCUCUCGCCGGGGACGUACAUGCGACACCUCCUCUGGCCUGGAGUUGUGACGCUGGGCGCGUGCCACCAUCUUCUCGUGUCGCUGUGCCGCGACGCAGGGAUUCUGCGCGAAGAAUUUCCUGGCGCAACCGCUGUAUUGAACAAGUUUCUGUUCAGAAUCGAGGACCUCCCUGCUGUCAGGGAGCUGCCGCAGGGGCUGCGGUGGGGGAAAAUGAGAGAGCAGGACCUGUCUGUUGUGCAGCAACGCACGAGUAUCCCACGAGCGACGCGCACGCUGAUGAGUCUGCAGAGUCAAGGUGUGUUUGAGGAAGCUACGGAUAGGGCUGUCGCGUGGACGUUCUUGGGUCUGGAUGGCAGCUUGACGACGCUCCAUACAGAGCCUGAGUGGCGGGGGAAGGGGGUCGCAAAGGCGAUUGCGGCGAAAAUCAUUGGUGAGUACGCACCAGGUUUGGCUGUUGAUGAACGCGGGACGGCGUGGAGUCAUGCGGACGUGUAUGUUGGUAAUGUGCAGAGCGAAAGUGUGUGUAGGAGUUUGGGGGGCAAGGCAAUGUGGAAGCAUUAUUGGGUACGAAUAGAUCUUUCGAGGGCAGGUUCACUGGCUAGACAUGCAUCACAAGCGUAG